AUGCCGCCCGCGACGGCGACCCCCUCGGUCUCCCUCCGGGAGCUGGCCGACCUCGCCAUCGGCACCCCGGAGGUGGGCGCCGUCAACUUCACGGCCCUGCACACGCUCCUUGUGGCCAUGCUCAAGAGCCUCAACCUGCAGGAUACGCGGAUCGACUUCCAGUCUCCGAUGCUCGACCCGAGUCGCUCCUUUGAGUCCGCGCGGGUGUCGACCAGCACCCCGCAGCUGCCGGGGCCCAAAGAGAGGCGAAGGAGCAGCGUGGCCAGGGCGCAGACGCUGGAGACCCAGGUGAAGGACCUGGGUGGCCAGGUCCAGGACCUCGGCCGGCAGCUCAAGACCAUGGGGAGCCAGGUGCAGGCCAUCGUGGCGCACGUGCAGCACUUCCCCACCCAGACUGGCGGGCUGGAAGACCGCGACUGGCUGGAAACGAAGGAUUUGGCCUUGCUGACGCAGGAGAAGGGGCAGACAGGGCCAACGAAAGGCAGGAGGGACAGCAAGCCGGUCUUCCAGGUGGGUGUGCGGGCGGUCCGCCCCCUCCAGGCCGCUCUCCAGCGCCCCGCCCCCAGGGAGCUGAGCGGCCCCGAGCUGCUCCAGGACCUCAUGGAAGACAUGAAGAUUUUGAAGGAAGCCCAUCAAAAGAAGGAGCAGCCUGAGUUGCAGCCCGAGAAACUCCUUCAACGAAUUGAAGAACUGGAGAGGAUAAUUAGAGAAAAGGGCGAAUUCCUGGAAUUAUUAAACCGGAAGCUGAGUGGGAUGCCGUCUGCAGAAGAGGCCACCAUGGUCACCUGGGAAGAGCUGGAGCAGGCGAUUACUGAUGGCUGGAAGGGCUCACAAACGAUCUCAGAGUCAUCAACAGGACUUCUGCGGCGCAAAAGACAGGGUUCCAUAACAUCAAAUGACCUCACUGCAAGUGGAGUCUCCACCGCGCAUCCAAGUGUUGACCAGGCUAUAGACUCUGCUGGUUUUAUCACAGACAAGACCUUUUCAGGAACCAGCGGCAUAGGAUACCCCUUUGAUGGGCCUCCUGGCAGGGAACGAAGCAGAGUUUCCUCUGCUACUGGGUUUCCGGGUAGAGAACAGCACUCAAGAGCCCGUGAUGAAGCUGGCCUGGCCAGACCCCAUCCGCCAUCUAUGUCCCAGUUGAGGGCAGAGUCAGACCGCCGCCGGUCUAGAGAGCAGCACAGCUUAGGUCAUCUACGCAGAGAUGAACGGGAUGCACACCUUGGCCCAGUGUUUCAGGAUGUGUCCUUGCCCAGAGAUCGACACCCUCAGGUGUCCCCAGAUCAGCACAGGGGAGUGUUCACUAGCCCAGGCCACCUCUAUGCAAGGCCCGAUCAAUAUGGACUUGGAUCAUUUGACUCGGAUCAGCUUGAAUUGCUGUAUCCCAGCACUUCUGGGCCUGGCAUGGUACCCUUCAGUGUGGACCAGGUUGGAGUGAUGCUGCCUGGGAUGGAUGAGCAGGAACUGGUACUUGCUGGCCUGGCUCAGGGUGCUGCGGUGCCACCAUUGGCAGCUGGCAGAGAUCAGCAAGGGUCCGAACAGCCUAGUACAGAUCAGCCUGGUAUGGUUCCACUUAGCACAUAUCAGCUUCCUGGAAUGGAUGAGAGUGGUAUGGGACCACUUGGCACAUAUCAGUCUGGACUGGUACCUCUUGGUGUAGAUCAGCAUGGAUUUGUAAUAUAUCCCAUGGAUCAGCAACUUUUUGUACAGCCCAGUUUGGGAACAUCUGGCUUCAUACAACCUGGCACAGAGCAUCAUGAGAUGAUCCAGCCCAGCGCGGGUCAGCCUGGUGUGGUGCAGCCCGGCGCGGGUCAGCCUGGUGUGGUGCAGCCCGGCGCGGGUCAGCCUGGUGUGGUGCAGCCCGGCGCGGGUCAGCCUGGUGUGGUGCAGCCCGGCGCGGGUCAGGCUGGUGUGGUGCAGCCCGGCGCGGGUCAGCCUGGUGUGGUGCAGCCCGGCGCGGGUCAGCCUGGUGUGGUGCAGCCCGGCGCGGGUCAGGCUGGUGUGGUGCAGCCCGGCGCGGGUCAGCCUGGUGUGGUGCAGCCCGGCGCGGGUCAGCCUGGUGUGGUCCAGCCCGGCGCGGGUCAGGCUGGUGUGGUGCAGCCCGGCGCGGGUCAGGCUGGUGUGGUGCAGCCCGGCGCGGGUCAGCCUGGUGUGGUGCAGCCCGGCGCGGGUCAGCCUGGUGUGGUCCAGCCCGGCGCGGGUCAGGCUGGUGUGGUGCAGCCCGGCGCGGGUCAGCCUGGUGUGGUCCAGCCCGGCGCGGGUCAGGCUGGUGUGGUGCAGCCCGGCGCGGGUCAGCCUGGUGUGGUGCAGCCCGGCGCGGGUCAGCCUGGUGUGGUCCAGCCCGGCGCGGGUCAGCCUGGUGUGGUCCAGCCCGGCGCGGGUCAGGCUGGUGUGGUGCAGCCCGGCGCGGGUCAGCCUGGUGUGGUCCAGCCCGGCGCGGGUCAGGCUGGUGUGGUGCAGCCCGGCGCGGGUCAGCCUGGUGUGGUGCAGCCCGGCGCGGGUCAGCCUGGUGUGGUGCAGCCCGGCGCGGGUCAGCCUGGUGUGGUCCAGCCCGGCGCGGGUCAGCCUGGUGUGGUGCAGCCCGGCGCGGGUCAGCCUGGUGUGGUCCAGCCCGGCGCGGGUCAGCCUGGUGUGGUCCAGCCCGGCGCGGGUCAGCCUGGUGUGGUCCAGCCCGGCGCGGGUCAGCCUGGUGUAAUGCAGCCUAGAAUGUAUCCACGAGGUUUGGUGCAACCUGGAAUGUAUCCACGAGGUUUGGUGCAACCUGGAAUGUAUCCACGAGGUUUGGUGCAACCUGAAAUGUAUCCACGAGGUUUGGUCCAACCUGGUAUAGGUCACCCUGGUUUCAUGCAGCCUAGAAUGUAUCAGCGAGGUUUGGUGCAACCUGGAAUGUAUCAGCGAGGUUUAGUGCCACCUAGAAUGUAUCAGCGAGGUUUGGUGCAGCCUGGUGUGGGUCAGCCUGGUAUGGUGCAACCUGAUAUAGGUCAGCCUGAUUUGGUGCAGCCUGGUGCAGGCCAAGCUGGUGUGAUCCAAGCCGGUGCAGGCCAGGCUGGUGUGAUCGAACCUGGUGCAGGUCAGGUUGGUGUGAUCCAGCCUGGUGCAGGCCAGGUUGGUGUGAUCCAGCCUGAUGCAGGCCAGGUUGGUGUGAUCCAGCCUGGUGCAGGUCAGCCUGGUGUGGUGCAGCCUGGUGCAGGCCAAGCUGGUGUGAUCCAAGCCGGUGCAGGCCAGGCUGGUGUGAUCGAACCUGGUGCAGGUCAGGUUGGUGUGAUCCAGCCUGGUGCAGGCCAGGUUGGUGUGAUCCAGCCUGGUGCAGGCCAGGUUGGUGUGAUCCAGCCUGAUGCAGGUCAGCCUGGUGUGGUGCAGCCUGGUGCAGGUCAAGCUGGUGUGAUCCAAGCUGGUGUAGGCCAAGCUGGUGUGAUCGAACCCGGUGCAGGCCAGGCUGGUAUGAUCCAGCCCGGUGCAGGUCAGGUUGGUGUGAUCCAGCCUGGUGCAGGUCAGGUUGGUGUGAUCCAGCCCGGUGCAGGUCAGGUUGGUGUGAUCCAACCUGGUGCAGGCCAGGCUGGUGUGGUGCAGCCUGGUGCAGGCCAGCCUGGGUUGGUGCAACCUCAAGUGGAUCAGUAUGGUUUAGUACAGCCUGAUAGAGGUCGACAUGGCUUUUUCCAACCUAACAUAUCUAUGCCUGGCUUGGUCCCACCUGGGGCAUAUCCUCCUGGUCUGGUCCAGACUGGUUCCUAUCCACGUGGCUUCGUGCAGCCUGGUGCCGAUCAGCAGGGUUUGGUUCAGCCUGUAAUAGAUCCGCGUUGGGGGAGGCAGCCUGGCACAGGUCGAAGCAUAAUACCGCCAGGCACAGAGCUUCUCGGGUUUCCAACACACCGUGCCGAUUCUCGAAGUUUGACAUCACCACGCCCAUACCAGCAAGGUGUGGCACCUCCUGGCAGGGAUCAGUAUGGUCGGAUGUCAUCACUCCUAGCCAGUCAAGGUCUGACACCAUCAGGUAUAGACCGAGAAGUUUUGUUACGAGAAAUGUAUCGACAAGGUUUGCUGCAGCGUGGCCCAGCACCAUUAAGCACAGCUGUAGGAUCUGCACCCCAGGAUCAACAGCAUUUGGGAACACCUGAACCAGAGCAGCGUGACCAGGCUGUUCCCGACUCUAUCGCAGACUCCCAGGGCCUAAUGUAUGGUGGCCCAGGGUAUCAAGGUGUAGAUCAGCAAGUCCAGGUAGGUGUGGGUCCAAAAGAACUAUAUAACUUACGCCAACCUGGAGUUUCUGUUCAGACUUCCCCAAGCCAAGAGGCCCUCUUUCCCAGGAGCACACACUCCCUUGACUAUCUGAACCGAGGCUCAUCCGAAAGGAGUGAUACUCAGAGUGAGAGACAUGAAUCACUGGAUAAAUUGACCCCUAGCUUCCCCAUAGCAGUGGAAACAUUUCGUAUGAUGGGAGAGAUUAUCGCCCUCUACACGGAGCUUAAGGAGAACAUAAAGGACCUGGAUGAGGAACAGGCUGGCCAAACGGACUUGGAGAAGAUCCAGUAUCUGCUGGCACUGAUGGUCAAGAAGUCCAUACCCCCUGACCUGCAGGAACAGCUGAAGACCUUAAAGGCCUUGACCAAAGAAAUUCGACAAGAAAAAGCAAAAAUGGAGAAGAUGAGCAAGAUCCUGGAGGGUCAUGGGGAGAAAGAAAUAGGAAAGGAGGAGAAAGGUAGCCCGCUGAACCUGCAGCUGGGUAUCCUCAGAGUCACCGUUGCCGACAUCGAGAAGGAGCUGGGCGAGCUGAGGGAGAGGCAGGAGAAGGGCAAGGUCAGCAUGGAACAGUCAGUCUCCGAAGCCUCCAUUUACCUGCAGGAUCAGUUAGACAAGCUCAGGACGAUCAUUGAGAACAUGCUGGCCUCGUCCUCCACGCUGCUGUCCAUGAGCUUGAACAUGACCCCGCACAAGACCCUGGCCACCCUGGCCCCCAGCCAGAUCGACCCCGCGGCCACCUGCCCGGCCUGCAGCCUGGACCUGAGCCACCAGGUCAGCAUGCUGGUGCAGCGCUACGAGCAGCUCCAGAACAUGGUCAACAACCUGGCUGCCUCCCGGCCCUCCAGGAAGGCCAAACUGCAGAGCCAGGAUGAAGAGCUGCUGGGCCACGUCCAGAGCGCCAUCCUGCAGGUGCAGGGUGACUGCGAGAAACUCAACAUCACUACCAGCAACCUCAUCGAAGACCACCGGCAGAAGCAGAAGGACAUUGACGUGUUGUACCAGGGUCUGGAGAAGCUGGAGAGGGAGAAGGCCAACAGGGAACACCUGGAGAUGGAAAUUGACGUGAAAGCCGACAAGAGUGCCCUGGCAGCCAAAGUGAGCCGCGUCCAGUUUGACGCCACCACGGAGCAGCUGAACCACAUGAUGCAGGAGCUGGUGGCCAAGAUGACGGGGCACGAGCAGGACUGGCAGAAGAUGCUGGACAAGCUCCUGGUGGAGAUGGACAACAAGCUGGACCGCCUGGAGCUGGACCCGGUGAAGCAGUCGCUGGAGGAUCGGUGGAAAUCCUUGCGACAGCAGCUCAAAGAGCGCUCUCCACUCUACCAGGCGGACGAGGCAGCUGCCAUGCGGAGGCAGCUCUUGGCACACUUCCACUGCCUCUCAUGUGACCGUCCCCUGGAGACACCUGUGACUGGACAAGUCAUCCCCGUGACUCCCGUGGGCCCCUGCCUGCCCGGGCACCGCUCCGUCCGCCCCUACACGGUCUUUGAACUGGAGCAGGUUCGGCAGCAGAGCCGCAACCUGAAGCUGGGCAGCAGCGGCUUCCCACGGGGGGACCUGGGGCCGGUGGAGCGGAGCGUGGGGCGCCUGCGUACCAUGCACUCCAAGAUGCUCCUGGACAUCGAGAAGGUGCAGAUCCACUUCGGGGGCUCCGUCAAGGCCAGCAGCCAGAUGAUCCACGAGCUGCUGCAGGCCCAGUGCCUCAGCUCCCCCUGCUACAGACGGCCGCCAGACGUGGCUGACUGCAGCUGCUCCUCCGCGCCCCGGCCCUGCGGGGGCAGCCACACCCUCACCUACCCCUACCGGCGCGUCCGCCUGCAGCACCUUUCCCAGGGCCCGUACCCCACCGAGGAGAUCCAGAUCGCCAUGAAGCACGACGAAGUGGACAUCUUGGGCCUGGACGGACAUAUUUACAAGGGCCGGAUGGAAACACGGCUGCCGGACCUCCUGAACAAAGACAAUGCGGGGAUGAAGAACAAGACCAAGCAGCCCCGGCCCCACGGGCAUCGGCAGCAGUCCCUCAGCGACGGCGGCCAGCUGCCCUCACGACCUCAGAGUGCCCAGACGCUAGCUGCCAACGACUCAGCUCCUUCCCGUCAUCGCAAAGACAGACCUGUCUCCACCGAGGGCCGCCUCUCCCAGCCGAACCCAGCCCACCUGCCCGGCGAGACGGUGAACCUGCCAGGGGGGCUGGACGUGCACAGGGAUAUGCCCCCUGGGGAGGGGCUCGAGGAGCCCACCCGGGGGCCGCGGUCCACCUCCGCUCACUGAGCAGGGCUAUAAAUAAACAC